AUGGGCCGCAAGAAGGUCAAGAAGCAGGCGAAUGCAGCACCGCCAAUAGCAGCAGCCACUGCAAAGUCGACAGCGAACGCUCCUGCGACGCCGUCAGUCGUCCAGUAUACAGUCUGGGAUCUCCUACCAAAGAUCGAUGGCCUCAUCGACGCUUGUUCUUUUGAUCUUGCCCGACAAUUCGUCGAUCGUGCCCUCGCCUUGACUUCCUCCAGCAACGACGGACUGCAAAUUUUACUUGUACACGAACGAGCUGGCCUGGUCGCACUAGAGCAGGGAGAUGAUGCGCAAGCUCAGCAACACUUUAUGCAGGCACUUGCCGCUCCUUCUCAUGUCCUACAAGACCAGGCAGCGCAUCAAUGGCAAGAGGAACAACCGUGGCAAAAGGAGAACACGCAAGCGAGCUGUCACCUCUAUCUCGCGCAAAUGGCAGACACUCCUCUCGAGGCGCUCAACCAUCUCACUUCCGCCGUCUCGCUCUUGCAGUCUUGCCUGAUCACCUUGGCCAAACUGCCGACGCGCUCAGAUGCAGAAGCGGAAGUGCGCAGACGGGCCAGUCGUGCACUCGUCUCAAUGACGGAGCUCUAUCUCACCGACUUGUGCUUUGACCCACGAGCGGAGUCGAACAGCCAAGCCCACCUUGCAUUGGCCAGCGAGAUAGACCCGAACGAUCCCGAAGUAUACCAGACCCUCGCCUCCGUCAGGCUGUCUCAAGAAAAGCCGAUCGAAGCCGUCGAAGCGCUCAGGAAGUCCUACGCGCUCUGGAAGGGUUGCGAGCCCACCGAUGAGCGGAUGCCCUCCUACAAGACACGGCUAGGUCUCGUGCGGCUCUUUGUCGAGACCGAGCUUUACGAUGAUGCACUCGAGAUCCUCGCCUCUCUCGAGCAAGAAGACGAUGAAGAUCCAGAGGUUCUCUACCUGAUCGGCUUUGUCAGCACCCUGUGCGCAAGCAAAGCUCCCGACGUUGAGACUCGCGCGGACUGGCAAGAGCAAGCUUACCACUCUCUCGAGGCUGCUAAACAGUUGCAUGCCUCUCUGCAGGAAAUAGGUUAUCCCGAGGUCGAAGGGGAUCAGGAAAUGUUGAUUCACAUCGACGAACUGCUCGCUAGUCUACCGCAGCCGGAUCAGGAAGAGGCAGAGGAUGAGGAAAUGACUACCUGA